UUCUUCCAAGCUAGAGACAUUAAUCUGUCCAUAAUAUCAAAUAUUUUGGUGGGUUAACUUGGAUCCAGUUUCAUGGUCAAAUCCUGCUUCAUCUAUUGGGAGGAGGGCAUGGCUACUUCUGAUCAAACACUUGUUUGUGUGAAACAAGUGAAGCAAGAGGUGGCGGAUGAGUGGGAUGAGAGCAUGCCAUUACCAGGGGACGUCAUUGAAGGAUUUUCUGAGCGCGAGGCUGAUGAUGAUUCCUUUUUACCGGUCAAGGCCAGUUCAGAGUUUAGUUCUCAGCUUGGAAAGAUUAACCCCCGUGGGGAACUCAUAUGGAUACAGGUUAGAAGAGGUGAUAGCUUGAUGAAACUUCAAGUCCGCAUUGUGCAGCAGAAGGGUUCCAUACUUCAAAGGAAGUAUACUAUCCAAGCUGCAACGGAUCACAGACAUGUAGCGGAUUUAGGGGAUCUGACAUUAGAGCGGUGCAAUGAACUGCAGGAAAUGAGCAUGAGAGUGAACAAGCGAAGGAGAGAAUUCCGCAGAAGUGGGAUCAAAUAUAACUGGAAGAUGAAAAUAGGCACCUAUCUGCCUGACCAAUGUUGUUCAGUAAUAAGCUCCAUUCUAUUUAUGCCCCUAAUUAGUGAGUACUGCAUCGAUACUACCACAGCUAGGUGCAUGGCAUGGUUUAGUGCAGCAGUUUCCUCUGGGGUCCCUCUUGUUUUUGUCAAUAUCCAAACAGAACAAAUUCCCUCCACGGAGGAGACUCAUUUCUUGAAAAGGGAAAUAGCUACUAGCAAGCAAAAAAUCAACAAUGCUAACCAAAUAAUGCAUGGUAUAAGGUUGUGGUUUUUGCCUGGACUAGCAGAAAUUUCAGUUGUGUUAAUCCCUCAACCUGGCGAAGCUCGCUUUGGCAUGGAAAUUAAACGAACUGAAGAGGGCUUUGUGUACAUAUAUUCAGUGAUGAGGGGUUCACCAGCUGAUCGUGCUGGGGUGAGAGAAAUGUAUGAAGAGUCAAGUGCAAAUAGGUUCCUUCUGGUGAUAUCAAGGUUGCAAUGCAAGAGCAUAAUGCCAACGAGUGCUUGUUCUGCUGGCCUUGUGCAUUGUUGUGACCAAUCUGAAAUGAAGGACAUUCUCACUUCAGCUAUAGACCAAUAUGAGACAAUUCAGGUGCAUGUCAUGGCCUGGCCGAACCAAACUCGUCCCUCUCCAAUUCCUGAUGUUGGUUGUUUAGCGGCCCUGCUACAUCCAAAAAGCGAUUCAUCAUUAUGAUUCGUGACCUUACAGCAAACAAGUACAAUUAGACACUGUCUCUAUCUCAAAAUCAGAGUUAUGAACCUGAAUCUUAAAAUUAAAAUUCAUUCUUUGUGCCAUCAACUCUAUGCAAUGUUUCAUUUCUGACAUAUUUGAAUUUGUUUAA